AUGAAUGGAGACCCCCCGUCGCCAAAUGAGGCGAAAGUACAGGCCUCUGUAACCGAUGAAAAUGCGAAAAUCCCACCCCCAAGUCCGGGAAGACGUUCGGGGGAAGUAAAGAAGCCCGUGACGCAGGUCAAAUGUCCCAGAGUCCCCUCGGUCCCUCGUCCACCGUCCUCGGGGACCCCAAAAGUCUUCGUUCGGCUGAAGCCCUCGCCGAAGGGAGUGAAGCUCAGGAGAGAGCCCCAGCGGUACUGCGUGGUGAGCCCAUCCCUUUUCCUCAACCUGAGUGACGUCGACCAGGACCCGAGCACGAACGUCGAUGUCGUGGAGAAGAGGUUCGUCUUCUCCGAAGCCUUCGGUGACGACGACGACCAGAUGAAGCUGUUCGACCGAGUGGUGGAGCCCCAGAUGCUGGAGUACUUCAACGGAGCUGACUGCACAGUCAUGACGUACGGCACACCCCAAUCAGGAAAGUCUCACACCCUCGUCGGAUCGCCGCGAGACCCCGGACUAAUCCCAAGAACCUUAGAAUACAUUUUCUCCCUGGAGAAGCCCACGCGAGUCCCCAACUACAAACCCAGUGACAGCACCAUCUCCUGCCUGACGCUGAUCGAGAGGUUCGAAGAGCUCGACACUCGAAGGGAAUUCCUCUCGCCCCAGUCCCAGGAGGAGAUGGACCUGUACGCCGACAAGACCCACGUCCCCCAGAAGGGCUGCGAGCUCUGGGUGUCGUUCGCAGAGCUUCGAGACGAGGCGUACUUCGAUCUGCUGUCCCCCAACUACCUCCAGGUCCACUCCCCCCUGAUCCUGGAGACCGAUCUGAAGGGUAAAACGUACAUCAGAGGCCUCACACACCUGUCUGUGGGGUCAGCCCCAGAGGCCUGCGAUGUUCUCGCCUUCGGACGGGACAGGCUCCUCCAGUGGAGUUCAUCGAUGAAGACGACAGCCUCGCAAUCCCACAGCAUCUUCACAGUCACCCUGCUGAGGUACCGAGGGUGGGACGAUGCGGGGUCAGUGCAGACGAGCAGGUUCUCCUUCUGCGACUUGGCAGGCCACACGUCCCCGAAGUUGGACUCGAGCCUCUUGGCCGUCCUCAGGUGCCUGGAGUCCACCAAAGAGCGUCACCCCCCCAAGGCCACCGAGUGCUUCUGCCCCUCGAGCCUGACGAGCCUCUUCUCAGACGCUUUCACCAGGAAAACCCCCCUCUCCGUUAUCCUCACGGUCGACCCCAGCCCCAAAGUCUACAAAGAAACGCACACGAUCCUCCACUGGGCCUCGAGCUUCAGUGAAGUUCACACGAAAAUAAGGAGGCCCUACCCCUCUUCCGAGGCUACCACGACCUUCGGAAAGAUCGCUGAGACUCCCCAGAAGACCGUCGACUGGGAGGACUUGACAGCAGAGAAGCUGAUGGAGCUCUCAGGGCAGUUCCAGAACGAAAUAGAGGAGCUGAAGGCCCGGAACCUCGUGAGCGACGUCCAGGCUCGCCAGAGGAGCGUCAGCAGGUACGCCCUGAUGAUCAAGAGGAUCGAGAACUCGUACAAGAGGAAGUCGGAGGCAGAGUCCCAUUCUGAGAACGUUGAGGGGCUGAAGGCAAUCUCCCAGAGACUUCGGUCGCAGAAGCAGCUGCUGGAGCGAGAGCUCGUCGUCUGCCAGGGGAAGUUGGCGGACGUUCCUCCGGAAUUGUGUGGAGCCGAUGAAUCGAGGAAUCCGCAUGUAACUCUUCUGGACGAGAUCCUCGCGGAGAGAGACGCCAGGGGCAGAAACGAGAACCUCAUCAAGAUGCUGAAGGAGGCGAGGGCGGAGUACUUGAGGGUGACUGGGGACACUAGGGAGAAGGAGAGGAAGAUUGGGGAGAUUGAGAGGAAGACUCUGGCGUUGAGGUUGGAUCGGGACUGUGAGUUGACGAACCAGAAGAUCGUUAAUGAGGCUUUGAGGGAGAAAAUGGGGGUCGUGGUUAUUAUGGAGGGGAGACUGCAGAGGGAUAAGAAGUACUGUAGGAGGUAUCUGGAAGAGAUGAGUCAGAAAUUUGGGGGUGUGAGGGCUCUGUCGGUGGAGGGAAGCCCUGGGGGUGCUGGAGGGAAGGAGGAAUCGAGGGAGUUGGGAGAAAUUGAGGCUUCUUUGGGGUUAAAUACUUCUGCUGCAGACGAAGUCUCUCCUGGGACAGCUCCAGUGGAUUUUCCUCUCCCUGAGGGGAAAGUGGAGUCUCAGACUGAAUCAGGAGAAAUUGAGGAGAUGGAAAAGGAGACACAAUUCGUCGGAGGUUCUUUGGAUGAAAGCGUGAUGAGCAGUUACUCUGAGGGUGGAGUGAUGGGGGCUUCUGAGGAGAGAGGACCUUCCCAUCUUGAAACUUCAGCUGUUGAUGAAAGUGUUCUGGUAAAAAGUAUUGAAAUUCCUGCACCUGAGGGUCCUCCUUCAGACCUCGAUGGUCCUCAACUUCCAACAGGUCAUCUUCAGGUGAAUAAUAAUUCCACGAGCACUUUGACGCCCUUGCAAUCAGAGUUUGUGGAUGAAGAUCCCUCUGCUGGUGGCAGUGAAGAGCUGGGGAUUGAGGCGAACGUCCUCUUGUGUUCACCUUCAGCACCUGCAGUCUCUUCAGUGAGGGAGACUUCUCCAAUUGUGUCUUCAGAGCCCACGAUGCAGGUGACUGAAGCAGAAGUUGUUGAUUCGCUUGAGGCGGCUACUGAUCACGAAGCUUCUAGUCUUGAAAACCAAUUUUUGUGUGAAACUAACGAUCUUCCUCUUCUGGUAGCUGCGAUGACCCUCGCCGAUCACGACUAUGCUGCAAUCCCUCCAGGGGCUCAAUACAUAGUGCCCCCACUUGAUGACAUUUUUAUCAACACUUCGAUCAUUUCGGAAUCACAGAAUGAUGGGGCUUCAGCAGUCGUUGAGAUGAAUUCCAAUGGCAUUAGUGUCGUUGAAGAGCAGAAGGAUGACGUUGAGAAUCAGGAGACUUCACCUUCGAGCUUCCAAGUCCAGUCUCCAGGAAGUCCUCUUGCACCUGGAAUUUUAGGAUCCUCAGAGACUCAAGUGACAGUUUCUGAAUCAAAAAUAAUUGAUUCAAACAAUCCUGAAGCAGUUGUUCAUGAAAAUAGAACUCUUGAACCUCAACAUCAUGUGAUUACUCCCCCGGUGUCUCCAUCCACGAAUCCCCCAGUCCAGAAUGAAGUUCCAACUGUCCUCGAGGAAGAUUCCAAUGUGAUGGAACCUGUGGAUAACUUAUCACAGUUCGUCAUGAGUGAGGAAGACCAGGCGUGUUCGCCUUCGACCUGUGAAGCCCCUUCUUCACGAAUAAUUGAUGAUACAAUCGUCUCUGGGGCGGUGAUAAACCCCGAGUCAUUGAAUGGGACAUCCCCGAAUGCUGAAGGCAUCGAUGCACUGCCCCAGGGCUCAACUGAGCCAGAGGAGGAUUCAACGAGAAGGAGCACUCGAAAGCGUCCUGGAACCCCCGUAAUCCCAUCAUCAGUGAAACAUUCCAAGCAAAAUCCCCCAACACCAUCGAGACGAGGCACUAGGCGUCCAGCAACCCCAAACAUUCCAUCACUCAGAGAGUCUGUAGAGCCAGAAAAGUCAGUGGUAAUUUGUAACAAGUGUGGGGGGACUAUCACAGAUGGACGUCGAUUCCGUUCAAAGAACUGCGGAAAGUGUUCUUCAGUGAAUACACCGAGACGAAGCGCUCGAAGGCGUCCUGGAACCCCGACCAUUGCUACAGAGGAUCAUCUCGAUCCUGAACUCCCGCUGGUGACCUGCGACCACUGCUUCAAGCGAAUCACUGAUAAAUACAGAUUCCACUGCAAGACGUGCAAUGAUGGAAACUUCGAUUUGUGCAAGGCCUGCUAUUCUGAGGUCAGUCAUAAGCAUGAAGUCAAAAUGGUUCCAACUAUUCCUGAGGAAUAUAUUCAAGGACGACUUGCGAUCUGACACCGAGGCACGAUGAGUAUUUUUUUUUUGUUAAAGCUCGAUUCUAUUUUUCUUACAGAUAAGAGAGAGUUUUGAAAAGUUUUCUUUUUUUUUUUUUUUCAAUUUAAUGAGGUAUUUGGUAUGUCGAGGGGUUGGUCAGGACUUCUGCUGUUCACAAAUUGCAAAUGAUUAUUUUUUCUUUUUUUUUUUAAAGAAGAGGCUUGUUGAAAAAAAUUAUUUCAUCUCUUCAAAAAUUUAAUGAGUUAUUGAUAUUAAAAAAACAGAAAGUCUUAGUUUUGUCCUGUGGGAUGACGAGGGGUUUUCAUUUUCUUUCUUCAAAGAAGAGGAAUCAUUGAAAAAAAAUUCAUCUCCGAAAAUUGAGUAAGUCAUUGAUAUUUUAAAAACCAUCGAAAAUCACAGUUGUGCCAAGGAAUCUAUUCUUUCAUUUACUUCGUGUUUUACGAAUAUUAUUACUUAAAUUUUCGAUUAAGGCAUUACACACAAAGUUUAGGAAUUGCAUCUGUCCAAUUUUCUAUUGCUGAGCAAUGGAACGAUUUUCCAGCAUUCGACGAAUGUUAUUUUCUAUGUACUAAGAUACAUAUUUUCUCAUUCAAUUUUGACGACAGUUUGACAAUGUUAUAGUUUAUAUCAAUAUUAUAGUAUCGAUUAUUGCAGUUUUUAU